CACCAGCAACAGGUGUCACGGUUGCUGGUGGCAAUGGAGCCGGUGCUGGGUCCAAUCAAUUGAAUGGACCUCGAGCAGUAGCUGCGUCGAAUCAGAAUGGUGCAGUCUACGUUAGUGAUACACUCAAUCAUCGAGUUCAACGUUGGGCGCCCGGUGCUAGUUGCGGUAUCACUAUUGUUGGUAGUCCUAAUGGAUUAUCGGGUAACAGCCCAUCUCUAUUGUUUAAUCCAGCAGGUCUUGUACUUGAUACUAAUGAUACUCAUCUCUUCGUUUGUCAUGUAGGCAAUAAUCUGGUUCUGCGUUUUCGUCUUAUUUAA